AAACUCCUAACCUCUCAACAUGAUUUAUGCAUCACUUGAGAUUCCUAAGUGUAGUAUUAGUGGAAUUUCACUCCCUGACUACUGUGGUUUGGUAUGUAAUAGUAAGCCCCUUCUUUAGAAAUAUUUUUGUGGGAAUAUCCUUUUGAUGAUUGAUUACAGAAUCUGAUUAUUGCCACAUUAUGAAAUGGAUAAGUUAGGUUGAAGCUUUGAAUGUUUGUUUCAUUGUGUGUUAUUUAUGUCACACCAUAUGGUGUGAAUGUUCCUAAAUAGUUGCAAGCAUGGCACAUUUGUUAGCCUUAAUGAAUCCUUACUGUAUACCUUAUUUUGUAUAUUAUAUCACAUGGCCUGUUUUUGAUCAUUAGUGCUUUAGUUUCAUUGUUCUUCUGAUCCCUAAUUAGGUUUGGUGAUGUAAGGUUAGGUUAGGUUGGAUUUAGGCUAUGUUAUGAUAGUGUUUUCCAUUUUCCAAAGAGAUUCAUUGCAAGCUCAAAAGUUCUGAUCUUUCCUUUAGUGGAAUUAGACCUUUUUUUUUUUUUUUUUUUUUAUGUCUUGACUUUGCAGAAUUACCAGAUAUUCUUAAUCUCUGUUUAAUCUGUUUUAAUUAUGAACACUGAUAAUAUUAUUUGAUAUUGUUGUAGUUCUAUGAUAUGCAGUAAUGGGCAUUCUGAAAUUUGUUGAUUUAUUGUGUUUGUUAAUUAAUUUUUCAAAGGAAGUUGGAAGAUCAUGAAUGCAAUUUAUUUACAUUGUAUGCAUAUAUGGCUUUGGGAAAUAGUGCUGCAUUAACAGAGAGUUAAUUUAUUUACAGUAUGUAUUAAAUAAGUUGCUAAAUAGCAUCACUUUGAUUAUGUGGCCUUGAAAUAAUAAUAUAUAUUUUUGUUAUAUAAUCUUAACUUGAAAAUUAUAUUUUAUUAUACAUGUAGUGAACAUGUGUGUUAUGUGUGUAUUAUCUCCCUCUCUCUCUCUAUAUAUUCUUGUAUAGAGACCUUUUGUGUUUUCUGGUUGUUAAUUAUAUUACAGCAUGAUAACAUCUUGUCUCCCACUCUUUCUCUCUCUACUCUCUAUAAAUCCAUGACCCUCUUUCUCCACUCACUACUUUCCUGAUAUAUUAUCUAUCAUCUCCCACCUUUCUGUUUUUUCACUAUGACUGAUAAUCCCCACUCAAAUCCCUAUGCUAAAUUCCUCAAUUUUUCAAACCCUAACCCCCAAUUCUCCAUCCCCAAUAAUCAUCCUCCCUACUUUCAAAACUGCCAUACUCAAUCUCAACCCUCUUCACCACCAUUGAAAGAAGCCCUCCCACUUCUCACACUGACCCCAACCAAAAAUGGCAGACAGGACCACCAUCUUCAUCAAGAAUUUUCUUUUCCAGUUGUGGCUUUUAACAAGAAACUCACUGCAGGUUCUGCUGCUGAUCAGGAAGACAUUGAUGAUGAUGAUGAAGGUGAUGAUGAUAAUGAUGAUGAAGAUGAAGAUGAUGAUAAUGAUAAUGGUGUCACAGUUGCACUGUGUAUAGGGUUGCCAAACCCUAGUGCUGCUGAUCUUGCUUCAGUGCUAUCAUCUUCUUCUUGCUCUUCUUCUUCUGCUGAGAAAUUAGAUGAAGAGACUGAUCUAUUGUUGUCUGAGUUCCCUCUCAGCAGGCUUAAUAAAGGACAGUAUUGGAUUCCAACUCCUUCACAGAUUCUCAUUGGCCCUACACAGUUCUCUUGUCCUGUUUGCUGCAAAACCUUCAAUAGAUACAACAACAUGCAGAUGCAUAUGUGGGGACAUGGCUCACAGUACAGAAGAGGGCCAGAAUCCCUAAGGGGCACACAGCCAACAGCCAUGCUCAAGCUUCCCUGCUACUGCUGUGCCCCGGGAUGUCGAAACAACAUCGAUCAUCCGAGAGCUAAGCCAUUGAAGGACUUCAGAACUCUACAGACACACUACAAAAGGAAGCAUGGAAUAAAGCCAUUCAUGUGCAGAAAGUGUGGGAAAGCCUUUGCAGUGAGGGGAGAUUGGAGGACUCAUGAAAAGAAUUGUGGCAAGCUUUGGUAUUGUCUUUGUGGAUCUGAUUUUAAGCACAAAAGAUCUCUCAAAGACCACAUUAAUGCAUUUGGGAAUGGCCAUGGAUCUGCUGCUUGUUAUGAUCAUGCCCUUAAUCGCCACGACGACGAGCCGGCGUCGGAAUUUCGAUAGGUAUUUUUGGAAUUUAAAUUAAGGGUUUUGAAAAGCUUCAUGUUGAUGGUGAUGAUCAAUUAUUGGGGAUAAGGGUUAGUGUUCUUCCUUUUUGUGCUUUUAGGGCUUUUAGCAUAAUUUCUUGGACAUAUAAAUAUAUGUGUGUGUAUGUAUAAA